AUGACUACUGAGGAGAGUUUCGUAGUGUUGGUUCACCACAGAGGAUCCAUUAAGAGGAAAACUCGUUCCGGUGUGAAGUUCACUGAUAAGGAUCCUCUGUGUAUGAUCGUCAGGCCUACGACGAGGUAUGAGGACCUUGUUAGCUCUGUACUGCUGAAACUUGGUCUAGAAGGUGUGAAAUGGGAAACCGUUAAGUAUGAUUGUUUCACGAUCGGGAGUGAUGAGGACUUGCAGGUCAUGUUUCAUUAUCGCCGGCAGUUUCCAGAGCUCGGGGGUUCGAACCGGCAUAGCACCACUUUCGCCACGGUAGCCGGUUCUAGCUCCCGACCUGCCGUUGCUUCUUCCUCCGUCCCUGCGUACGAGCCACCCGUCCAACCUGUUGCCUCCCCUUCGUUCGCUGUUGAUCUCAACGGCAGUGUAGGCGACGAGGUCGAAACAGGAGAAUUUCUACAAACCUCUUUACAGUGUGCUGCACCGGCUGGGGUUGGAGAUGGAUUUUUGGAUGACCCAGAUGACGAUGAUGUCGAGCCGGAUAUGAUUGCUGAUGACAGUGGCAAUGAUGUCGGAGCAAGUGAGCCUGCUGGGGCGGGCAGUGGUUCUAGCUCUGGCACACAGCAGUACCCUCCACAUUUUUUCUCUUUGGACUUGGAUGCCAUGAGGCAGGAGGGGGUUCCUGGGCAGCCGGCUGGAUUUGGCUCUAGAGAUGGUGAAGGGUCUGCAGGUCUGAAAGAGUUUCAGGUUGGUCAGCAAUUUCAGGAUAAAGAUGAGGCCCUGUUAAGUGUGAAGACUUACAGCAUCCGUCGAGGGGUACAGUACAAGGUCGUGGAGUCUGACUAUCGCCGGUAUGUGGACAAGUGUUCUGAGUUCGGGAAUGGGUGCACCUGGUUGAUUCGCCUGAGUCUCCGAUAG